AUGCAUGCACAUGAACUAACGAAACGUCUACGAGCCGAAGAAGCGUCGAGUGUAACGAUUAACGCCUGUCAUCCAGGACUUUGCUAUACUCGUUUGGUGCGAUACACACCGUUGGCUAGAAAACCUCUCAACGUUCUAUUGGCACCGUUUGCAUGGUUCAUACUGAAGACACCAAAAGAUGGUGCCCAAACGCCACUCUAUGUCGCAUUGUCGAAGCACGUUUCGGGUGUUUCAGGACAAUAUUUCAGUGAAUGUGCUCAGAAGCAAUCUGCCGAAGUGGAGGAUUGGGAUAAGAAAUGUGAGCAACUUUACGAGUAUUCAAUGAAUGCUUCCGGUUUGAGCGAUUCGACCUUGGACCUGAAGUUAGGUUCGGAUGCCGAAUGA